AUGGAGAAGAAUCAUGUUACUGCUAAUGACCACUAUAUCUCCACUUUUGAGAAGUCCAUUACUGAACUAUCUAAAGCUUCUACGUCGUCCUCCACCUCUCCCUUUCAAGCUUUUAGUGAUCAAGGCCAACGUCAAUUCGAUUCGUUAAGCUCUGACAUAGCAAAUUUAUCCAAAUCUAAUUUUGGGAAAAUCAAUAGCUCAUCAGGUGACAUAUCUUCCCUUCAGAAGAUUAUUCAGUUUCCAGUCGAUGAAGUCAAGGCUAUCAAGCAACAAUCUUCCUCUUCACAUCUAUGUGCUCUAAACCAAAAGGUUCCAUCAACUGAUUCCAAACUUGACUUGAUCUUAGCAAAGCUAUCUGGUUCAAGUGAGAGGCCACCUGAACUAGAGGGGGAAAAGGCUCAACAGAACAGAGCCAUGUUAGCUAAGAAAGAAAAGGAGCUCAUUCAUCAACAAGGGAUCAAAGAUCCAUCUCUAAAAUCUCCAAGAAGGAAAGAUGUCCACUUCUCUGAACCUAUCAUCAUAUCAGAACUAACCUCUCAGUCAAAGCUUUGUUAUAAUGAUCCCAACGAUAAGGGAAAGCAGGAGAUUAUCUUCAAAUCAAAAUAG